AUGAAUACUUUCAUCAAUAAUGAAGAGAUCAAGAAGAAAGUUAUCUUUAUAAUGGGGGCCACAGGAACGGGAAAAUCUCGUCUCUCUGUUGACCUUGCCACCCAUUUUCGAGGAGAAAUUAUCAACUCAGAUAAAAUGCAAGUUUACAAGGGACUUGAAAUUGUUACAAACAAGAUCACACAUACUGAAAAACAAGGUGUACGACACUAUUUGUUAGGUGAAAUUGAACCAGAUUCAGACUUCACAACUGAAGAUUUUUGUUUGCAAGCUAUCAUCUAUAUAGAAGAAAUACUGAAGAGUCAACGUGUUCCAAUUAUUGUUGGAGGGUCAAAUUCGUAUAUCGAAAAACUUGUGGAAGAUCCUGUGUUCAUGUUCAAAUAUAAGUAUGAUAGCUGCUUUAUUUGGAUUGAUGUUGAGAAAUCAGUCUUGAACCGUAGAGUUGACAUGAGGGUUGAUCAAAUGGUCAAAGCAGGGCUAGUGGAUAAGGUGCGACAGAUUUUCAUUCCAGAUGCAGAUUACACCAAAGGAAUCCGACGGUCCAUCGGGGUCCCUGAAAUGGACAGAUAUUUAAGGGAAGAAACAAACAUAGACGGAGAUGAUGAAUCAAAGAAGAUGAUACUUCAAUCUUCAAUUUCAAGUAUCAAGCGUAAUACUCGUAUGUUAAUUUGUAACCAACUUGACAAGAUUCAACGAUUAAUAAGCGAGAAAAUGUGGUUAGUGCAUCAUAUUAUUGCUACGGACGUUUUCAAAGAAGAUAGAGAAGAAGAUCUUUACGAAGCAUGGACGAAUAUUGUUUUGCAACCAUGCCUAGAUUUUGUGAAGAGAUUUCUCAAAAACGAUCACAAUAUUAUUAUUGAGUUUACAUAA